AUGAUAUCUCUUUAUUAUAUUCUAAACUUUCUGUUAAUUAGCAUAUAUCCAAUUUCUAGGAUUUUUAGACUAUUCAAUUUCUUUAUUUUGGAUCUGUCUGAUGAAUUAGAUACGACUAGAGAAAACUCAAUAUUUUAUACUAUCAUGGCAUUGGCAGUAAUUAAAUACUUAAGAAGUUAUUCUACUAUAUAAUUUUUGAGCUCGCUUUUUUUAACAAUAAAAAUUGCAUUGAUAACCAGUUAUUUGUUUGUGGAUGCUAAAAUUAGUUUAUUAUAUGGAGGUGCUUGUUUGGCCAUAUUUGUUUUGUGUAGUGAACCUAAAUUUAAUGGUAAAACAAAAAUCUAACAUCGAAGAGAUCUAAGAAUUUGAAGAACUGGUUAGAGUCAAAUUUAAGGAUAAUGAAAACGGAGAUAUAAUUGAAGAAUUAAAUGAGAGAUUUACUAAGAAACAGAAAGGGAAAGAAAAAAAAAGAAGAAAAUAUAAAAUUAUAAAAUGA